GAAUUGCGUUCGCAGUGUUUUGCUGCUGGUGUAAAGUGCUACAUUUGUCGUGGGCCUCAUUUUGCACGAAUGUGCUCAAAUAAAUCUAAAAAAGUGUAUGAUGUGUGCGCGGAAAAUUACGAUAAAGAUUCUGACAGUGACGGUGGCGAGUCGUUUUUUGUAUCUGUUAUUGCGAAGGCGCCGCAAGGUACCUAUGCGGAGGACUGGUAUGAAACACUACGCGGUGAGUGUGGCGUUGAAAAAUUUAAGCUCGAUACCGGGGCUGAUAUAAAUGUUUUAUCUUUAGAAAAGUUUUUGUUACUCGGAUACGAUGUCAGUUUAAUAAACGAUAAGAGUAAAAUUAAACUUCAAUCAUACAGUGGAAAUAUAAUUCCUAUAAAAGGAAUAUGUGAUUUAAAAUGGUCGUAUAAAAAUAUAUUAUAUACAUUGAAGUUUGCAAUUGCAAGUAUCAGCUGUCAAAGUGUACUAGGAAGGCAAGCAUGUAUCGAACUAGGUCUAGUUAAGCGUGUGUACGAUAUUAACUUAUCAAAGUACGAUCACUUGUUUCGCGGCAUAGGCUGCCUUCCCGGUACGUAUAGUAUUGUUAUUGACAAGUCUGUGAGUCCGGUAGUGAGCGCGCCGCGUAAGAUACCUCUGAGUCUUCGAGACAAGUUACUGGGUGAACUAAAUAGAAUGCUGGAAGCGGGCGUCAUAAGAAAGGUUACUCAUCCCACUCAGUGGGUAAAUUCUUUGGUCAUAGCGGCUAAGAAAAACGGUGGUAUACGGCUAUGUCUUGAUCCGCGUCCACUUAAUUGUGCUAUUCAACGCGCGCAUUUUCAAUUACCUACUAUUAAUGAGAUAGCGACUAAACUUCAUGGCGCUCAAUAUUUUUCUGUUUUAGACGCUAAUUCAGGAUUCUGGGCUAUUCAAUUAGACGAUAAAAGUGCGGAUUUGUGUACUUUUAGCUCUCCGUUAGGCGGCCGUUAUCAAUUUUUAAGACUACCCUUUGGAUUGAACUGUGCGCCCGAGGUAUUUCACUCGACUUUAAAACAAUUAUUAGAAGAUUUAGAAGGGGUCGAUUUAUUUAUCGAUGAUAUAAUUUGUUGGGGAAAAACUAAAAAUGAGCACGAUCAACGGCUGACGGCUUUAUUAAAUAGGGCAGAAGAAAUUAAUUUGAAAUUUAAUAAGGAUAAGUGUAAAAUUUGUGUUAGUGAAGUAGUUUACUUAGGCCAUGUAUUUAACAAAAGUGGCAUGAAACCUGAUGCGGAAAAGGUUAAGGCUAUAAUAAAUAUGCCUGUACCUAAUGAUAAAAAGUCAUUAGAGAGAUUUUUGGGGGCUACUAAUUAUCUCUCGAAAUUUAUUCCUAAUUACUCAACUUAUACCGUUCAUCUUACUCGAUUGCUUAGAAAAGAAUCGACAUGGUAUUGGGAUGAUAUUCACAAUAAGGCAAUUUCUAAAUUGAAGGAAUUGGUAAGUCGUGCGCCGGUGUUAGCUUUGUAUGACGUGUCGCGACCGGUGGUGUUGUCGGUCGACGCCAGCAGCGUGGCGCUCGGCGCUGUGCUGCUGCAGGACGGACGGCCAGUGGAGUACGCUUCGCGGACACUCACGGACACACAGACUAGAUACGCCCAGAUUGAAAAAGAGCUAUUUGCUAUUGUAUACGCGUGUGAAAAGUAUCAUCAAUACAUAUAUGGUAAAAAGUCUGUAAUCGUAGAAACGGAUCACAAACCGUUAGAGAGUAUUUUUAAGAAAGCUUUAGCUUCUAACCCCAUGCGUUUGCAGCGAAUGUUACUUCGAUUGCAAGGCUAUGAUUUAAUUAUUAAAUAUGUACCCGGCAAGUAUAUGUAUAUUGCUGAUACUUUGUCGCGUGCGCCGCUUCCCGAUUCGUAUGAAAGUGAACUAGAUAAAAAGUUAAUGUACGAAGUAAGUUUUUUAAUAGACAAUGUUCAGAUGUCGGCUAAUAAGUUAAAUCUAGUGAGAAGUGAAACUUCAAAAGACAAAGAUCUUAAUCAAUUAUGUGAAUAUAUAAUAAAAGGAUGGCCCAAACGUAAAUGCGAUAUUUCCGAUAUAUUAAAGCCCUACUGGUCUUUACAAGAUGAGUUAAUUGUAGUAGACGGGAUUAUUUUUAAGAAUAAAUUGAUUUUAAUUCCAUGUUCCUUAAGAUCUCAAAUGUUAAAUAUUGUACAUGACGGCCAUCUCGGAAUAGAUCGUUGCAAGAAGCGCGCACGCGAGGUAUUAUUUUGGCCUGGAAUUACAAAAGAUAUCGAACUGUAUGUUAAGCGAUGUGCAGUCUGUCAGGAGAACUCAAAUAUGCAAACUAAAGAACCUUUGAUUCCGAUACAGAUUCCUCGGCUACCGUGGAAUAAAAUCGGGGCUGAUAUAUUUGAAUAUAGAAAGCAAUAUUAUUUAAUUUUGGUUGAUUAUUACUCUGGCUUUGUUGAAGUUAAUUAUUUAAAAAAUAUAACGUCAAAGUCGGUUAUCACUGCAAUGAAAGAAAAUUUUUCACGUUAUGGAAUUCCAGAAAUUUUAUUUAGUGACAACGCCACGAAUUUUACCUCACGUGAUUUCAAAAAGUUUUCAAUAGAGUGGGGUUUUGAUCACGUGACUUCAUCGCCCAAUUAUCCCCAAUCAAAUGGGAAAAGUGAGCGUGCUGUGCAAACGGUGAAAAGGCUACUAAUUAAAUCAAUUAAUAGUAAUAGUGACUUCUACUUAAAUCUUCUAAGUUAUAGGAACACGCCACGCGAUAGCAAGUUGAGUUCUCCCGCACAACUGUUAAUGGGUCGUAGAUUAAAUUGUAGGUUACCUGUCCAUCCGGGUCUAUUAGAACCAAAACCGGUUAGUAAAUGUGAAUACGAUAAAUUGGUAAAUAGACAGAUAAAAAGUAAACGAUAUUAUGAUCAACAUUGUAAGUUGUUGCCGGAAUUAGACGUGGGGGAUCAAGUAAUCAUUCAUGAUCAGGAAAAGCAAACCCGAGGUCAGGUUAUCAUGAAAGCCUCUGCUCCGCGUUCAUAUAUGGUUCAAAACAGGUAUGGUAGAAUAUAUCGUCGAAACCGCAGACAUUUAAGAAAAUGUGAACCUGAAGAUCACCAUGAUUGCUCUGAACCCCUUCCCCAGCCGAGUCCAAGCACGAGCGUUACAACUGCUGCAUGUAGCAGUCCUAAUGCAGACUGUGCUGAUAAUGUGAAGGUCGAAAACAAUCCAAACAUUUUGCCAAAGAGAAAGGCUAAAAAGUUGUACACGGAUAUUCAAAAAUAUUUAUAAUCUGUUUUUGUUUUACCUAUUUUAAGUUCUUUAUUAUAUUCCACCUUAUUUUUUUUUCUUUUUGUUUGUGGGGAAAGAUAAUCCCUUUUAAGUUUGUUUUUAUUCUUUUAUUUAUGGGGAAGGUGUUGUGGGUACUUCGAUAAUAAAGUAGUUGUCAUCCUAACUCUGGUUUCAUUAUACAACAGCAACGAAUAGUCCUUGAGCGAC